CCGCCGCGCAGCGACGCGACCAGUCUUAUAUCUGACACGUCUCUCUCAGCCCGUGUGAUUGUGCUCCCUGGGCCUCUCUCUCUUUUGCAUUCUCUACACAGUGAUUUCAUGGUGCUAACUGGUGUUCACCAUUCGUACGGUUUCAACAACUCUCGCUUUGUCCCCAAAGGCGAUAGUGAAGCGUUCAUUUUGACGCCAGAAAAUAUUGUUCUCAAACUGUGUGAAGCGUGCCAAAGCAACAUGGCGUCAAUUCCUCCAUCAGCAUUCUCAGCCAAGCGCAUUCGCGAGACCGAACGCAACAUGAAGAUCUCAAACAUCGACAAGCGAGGCCCAUCUUCUAAAGUCUUCAACACCAAUAUGAUAGAACUUACUCCGUUGAAAUAUAACAGCAAGCUAAUGAACAGCAUUUGGGGCUCCUACAACCGCUACUCGCCGCACAAUGUUAAGAAGGUUAACGAUGCUCUUACCUUUAAUGUGGAAUUGCAGCAAUCCGCUGCCAAUUCCUCAAACAAGAAUGAACCUAUGAUAAUUUUACCAGCUCCCAAACUCGACAAUUUUUGGGCUUUAAUUAACAUCUCGCAAUCACAAAUAUAAUCAAAUCUUAAAAUCUCAUUAGCAUAAGUGAACUAAUUACUGGAUCAUUAUACUUUAUAAUAU